AUGGGUCAGGCAUUUCGUCGAGCAUCUGGAAGAAUCCGCUCCGCAUCUGAAACUGACACGUCAUCAUUGGCCAAGCCUAAGAUCACCCUGGACCACCGACCACCGUCCAAGGUUGCCGCUGACAAGGCGGUGGAGAGCUCCAACGCCGCAAAAUUAGACUCUUUGAACGACGAUGAUCGUCCUAAAGCUAAUCUGGACAACAUCCUAGAAGAAAGAGAUCCCAAAUUUGAUGCUAUGCUUGGUCAAAUGCUUGGAAGGAUUACAUCAAAGCCUGGGGGGAAACCUGAAAUGGGUGAGGCAUCUGUGGUUGAAAAGCGUAAUAGGCCCAUGCCAAAGUUGCGAAAUACAAAACCAAAUUCUGGUCAAUACGAGGAAAGGCCGGUUCCUGCAGGCACUUUAAAUGUAGCACAAUUGCGCCAUAUCAUCCUCUUGCAUGAAGGAAAAGCCGAUGAUCACAAUGGGCCUAUGGACGUUCAUCAGAUUGCAGAAAAAUUCCGAGUUGAGGUUGUUCAGAUUCAGAAAAUCUUGCAAUUCCUGUCUCAUCCUCCAGAGGGAAGAACCGAAGAUAAGAACAAAACACCAAGAUAA